AUGGCCCACUCUCGCCUCAGCGACAUUUUUGCCGAGGAAGCCGCUGCUGCCGUGGCGGCUGCCGCCGCGACCGCCGCCGCUGCCAACAAGCACCUACCCGGCCCACUACGCGCUCCCUCCAUAACUCCCUCUCUGACCUACUCUGAGUCUGGUGACGACCGUGACGAGUACGACGACCCACAUCAGUCCUCGUCCGAAGACGAGACUUCUAUAGCGACCCCACGCCGCCGGCGCGCUUCGACACGCCUCAUUGCCCAGAACGCUGCCGACAUCCAGCGGAUUACCGGCGAGUCCAGUACCCAGUUGAUCAAUCGGUGCUGCGGUGGCGGUUGCUGUCUCAAGACUGGCGCCAAGGCCGAAGGCGUCGAGUAUGAGACUGUCCUGCUUCCCGACAACGACGCUUUCCGCUCUCUGCAGCUGAAAAUUGGUGACAUCCCCACAUCUCUCACUUCUGUCGCCGACAUCCCCGAACAGACCGCAUAUAUUCUGCCGCUCUCUGCACAGUCCACACCAACACCUGUUGCUGCUUCCUCUGAGACUUCUGUCGAAACGCCCCUGCCAGCAGCAACCGGGUUAGCACCAGAACAGGAGAAGUUGGAGUCUCCUGCUACUGAGACGCAGGCAAAGCCUACAGCAACUAUCGACCACCCGCGUCUUGUUCCUACAGACUCGGCCAUCUCCGUUGGCGAGGACAAGGGUGAACUUCGUAAGGACAAGGCUACCGAGCUCGUCCCUGAGGCCGAGCAGCAGCCGGUCGAGGUUCUCGACGGCAUGCAGAAGCUGGCUAUCGAGCCCGAGGUCGAAGAGAUGCUUGACCUUGACACGACCAUUCAGCCUCCCUUCUUCGUCCAGCCUCACCCUCCAUACCACGUAUACCCGGCACGCAUUCAUAACGCCCGCGAGCUGACCCGCCCUGGCGCAGAGAAGCGGACGUACCACUUCGACCUCGACGUUACCGAUUACCCCGUCGAGAGCGAUACGGAGUUCCGGGUCGGUGGCGCCAUUGGUGUUUCUGCACCCAACGACACCAAGUUGGUGGACGAGCUUUUGGAUCUGCUGAUGGUUCCCCGCUUCCUUCGCGACAAGCCUGCCCUGCUGCGCACCACCAAGGGGCGCUGGCCAACGGUCUGGGGGGACGACAAGGCUCGUGAGCUGGUCACCACACGCCGCGACCUGCUGACCUGGUGCUCUGACGUUCAGUCCUACCCGCCAACCAAGGGACUCCUGCGCCUACUUGCUGAGUACGCCUCGGACGAGAACGAGAAGAAGGUGCUCCUGUUCCUCUGCUCGGCCGAGGGUCAGGGUGUCUUCUGCGACUUCCGUACCGGCCCGCACGUGUCUCUGCAGCAAAUGCUGUACGCCUUCCCCAGUGCCAAGCCGCCAUUGGACAAGCUGCUGUCCAUUCUGCAGCCACAGAUGCCGCGCUUCUAUUCCCUUUCCAACGACCCGCACGAGUCCCUCGCCAAGGAUGGCGACCGUACACGCCGUGUCAUAGAAAUUGCCGUCACCGUUCAUGAGUCGAGUGAUUGGCUCGCUGGCACGCGCACUGGCAUUGGCUCCGGCUUCUUUGAGCGCCAGGCCAUGAAGUUCCUCGAGGCGCGCCAGCGCGGCGAGGAGCCAGACCUUUACAUCCCCAUGUUCAAGGGUCUCAUGGCCAACCCGCUUGCCAAGCAGUUCGUGCCCGAUGGCCCCAUGCUGUUGAUUGGCGCUGGCGUCGGCAUUGCGCCCUUCCGCGGCUUCGUGCAGCGCCGCCUCAAGACGGCCAACUGUGCCAACAAGGUCUGGGUGCUGCAGGGCGUUCGGGACUCACUAGUCGACGAGCUGUACAGUGGCGAGUGGGGUGUGCACGAGGAUGAGGUCAAGCGCGUCGUCGAGAGCCGCCGCGGCACCGGCCGUUACGUCCAAGAAGAGGUGCGCCAGCAGGCCGACCUUGUCUGGCACGUCAUCAACUCGGUCGACGGCCGCGUCUUUGUGUGUGGCAGCACCCGCGGCAUGGGUGAGGGUGUUCAUGAAGCACUCAUUGACGUUGCCAUGGAGAAGGGCAACCUCGGCCGUGAAGAGGCCGGCAAGUUCUGGGAGCUCAAGAAAGAGGCUGGACAAUACACUGCCGAGACCUGGUAG